AUAUUAUUCCCCGUCGACCACCAAGUUUCUGGCUCCGCGUCAACAUACAAGUGCCGUCGAAGAAAACCCCGCCCUCAUCUACAACACAGACUGCGAGAGCAUCACUGUGAAAAUGGCUAGGCCAGUCAACGAUCCUCGUCUUUGCUUCAGUAUCGACAAUAUCCGUGCUUUCCACCUCCAGAAUGGAGAACAGUCUGAGCUUACGCCAUCUGGGCCACAGACCCUCUCUCUCCUAAUGGUGCCCACAAGCGCUCCCUGUCCAGAUCCCACGAACGCCCAGUCGACUGUGGAAGACUUCUAUCUUCAUUUACAUCUUCCUCCAGAGCUAGAACUUCCUCUUCCUGCCACUACCCAAAUAUACCACCAGCCGCCGGAUAGCUAUCUCAUUCCACGUUGGGAUUUGGGUCCAGAGGCCGGCGCUUUUACACGGAUUCAGUUUCCCCCAGUUGGUACUGGGCCUGGCAAGGUCAGCCAAGAGGACAUCGACACAUUCGAAACCAUUUUAGCGCAGUGCACUGCAUUCCUCGAGCGGUCGCCUCCCCCAAAUUACCAUACACCUUACAACCCCGCUAGCUACGGCCCAGGCGAAGGUUAUGUUAACAGUGGGAAGGAGAAGCAGAAGCCAAGCCAUGGGCAAAUUGUUCUCGUUGACGAGGAAAACGGGAGUGUCGUUGGGGAGCUCUCCCAAGGAUUUGAUCUGGCGGAAUCGGCCGACGUCAAGCCCGGUUCCAAAGAUCCCGUCCAGAUACAGUUGCCGACGCAAGGCGAAGGCAACCAAAUUAGCGUUAGCAAUGCGCCCCCCGAAUACCUUCGACUUGCAAGCCACCCAGCCUACGCAAAGUCGUCCUUGGUCCAGAACGCGGCGGCCGCUUCCAGGUUACUAGUGACAACGUCGAUGCAUAUUUCAAAUGCUUUCCAGUCCGGCGCUGAGUCGUUUACGAAGAAAACCAAGCCGAACGCCAAGCCUAUGACCUUUACACCGACAACGCAUGCACAUAUUCGAAGAAUCAACACCAUAUCCAGUUCUGCAGCUGCCUUAUCCGCCAAGACCGUGGGACAGAUUGGCAAGUAUGCACAGAAUUUUGGCGCGUCUCUCGCGAAGAAGGGAGAAAGGGACUCCGGGACCAGAGGAUUUGACAAGGACGGAAGGCCGAUUCCCAGCUAUAAGCCUGGCAUUUUGAACAGGUCGCUUAUCGCCUUCAGUACCAUUGGAGACGGAAUUGAACAGAGCGCUCGCAACCUUCUCGAGUCCGGAUCACUCGCGGCUACCACCGUAGUCGGCCACAGGUAUGGCUCCGAAGCGGGAGCCGCGACGUCACAUCUAACUGGAGGUGUUAAGAACGUCGGGUUGGUGUAUAUCGAUGCUGCCGGGGUAUCGCGCCGGGCGAUCCUCAAGUCCGUGGCAAAGGGGAUGGUUGUCGGUCGCAUGCGUGACGGUCAGCAGGUUGUCGUGGGUGGAGGCGACGGCGGCCAGCUUCCCAACGGCUUUGACAAACCGGGACAGACGCCAGGUGGGCCGCCUAUGUCUACUGGCUUUCCUGGGUAUCCACGGGUACCGUCACCCUCUCCUACACCUCCGCCGGCAUAUGGAGCUAGGAGCGGAGUAUCUCUGGGUGGCACAACCAUGCAAGGAUCUAAGAGAUGAUGCCCAUUAUCAUGGUUGUUCUUCAAGAUUUUUCUCCUUUCUUUUUUUCUUUUUUUUCUUUCUUUCUUUUUAUUUCUUCCUUUCAAGCAGUGCUUUUCUUUUGUAAUCUUGUUGGUUUCAUUUGGUUUUCUCUUUUCUUUCUUUUCCUUUUUCUUUUUUCCUUUUCUUUUCUUUUCUUCUUUUCUUUUAUUUCCUUUUUUUUUUUUGGGGGGGGGGGGUAUUUCGGUACAUAAAGUAUGAGAAUACCUACAAAUGACAACAUACCUUAACGAAUGUUUGCAAUAGA